AUGGCCAAGGCUGGAGCUCUGGGCGAAAUAGAAGGCAUAGAGGUCCUCGAACUUGAAGUCACGUCGGACGAAUCUAUUGGCCAAUGUGCGAAAGCCGUUGAGAAACACACAGGAGGGUCACUCGAUAUCCUAGUCAACAACGCUGGUGUCAGCACCGUCAUGCCGCUUUUAGAUGCAUCAAUCGACGACGCUAAGAAGCUAUACGAUACUAAUGUCUGGGCUAUUCUUGCUAUGGCGCAAGCAUUUGCACCGAUGCUCAUCAAGGCCAAAGGAGUUCUUUGCAAUAUCAGUUCGGUAUCUGGUGAAAUGGUUUUUGCAUGGGCAGGCAUAUACAGUAGCUCUAGAUGUGCUACAACGCGGCUCUCAGAGACUCUGCGUCUCGAGAUGGCGCCUCUCGGCGUACGGGUUGUCACAGUCAUUCUCGGAGGCGUUCAAACAAGCGGAAACGACCCCGCCAAUAUAGAGGACCUCGAGCUGCCCGAGAACUCAUAUUACCGGAAGAUAUCGGCUGUCAUAGAUCGCCACAAGAAGGUCCUGGUACACCCCAACAAACAAGAUGUCGAUGUAGCAGCGAAGAACUUGGUCAACGACGUUCUCAGCGCUGACAGCGUUUUCAUUCGACGCGGAGCAGCUUCUACUCUCAGUUGGUUCUGCAAUACAUUUCUGCCCUAUGGACUAUUUAAUUCUAUAAUAAACCGGGACUCUGGUCUUGCCGAAAUCGGUUUACGCAAAGAUACCGCAUGA